CCCGAAAGAGGAGGAGGACGAGGAAAGGAGGCGGCAGACUGGAGAGAGAGAGUGUUGCACGGAGCGAGUGGAAAAAGAAAAAGUCCAUGGAAAGAGAGGGGGGAAAGUGGAUCUUGUUUCUCUCGUCUCGUGUGUUUUGAUUUUGUUGGCAUCGCCGUGUGUUUCAACGUGAAGGCUUGAAUAUGCAACUUCGCAGCGCGCAUAAAGUAAUAAGUAGUUCAGCACGGACACGGCCCUUGUCCAGCAACACGACGCGCUCCGAUAUCUGACCGCAAGAGAGCGAGUCUCUCCGGCCACAAGGCAACAACGGUCCACGCUGAGCAGGAAAAACAAAACACAUAAAACUCCAAACAAACUGUGGGAGUACGAGUAAAGGGGCUGGAUCUGUGCAGGAGCGGAGGAGGAAAAGUUUACAGAGGAGUUUUGAGUGCGAUCCUGAGCUCAUUUCAUCUCUUUCUCGCUCACACUCUCUCUCUUCUUUCUCAGUUAGCACGACUUGCUAACGAAGCGGCAAUACUCUCAAACAUGAAGACCCCGGGCGACACGGGGUUUGCUUUCCCAGACUGGGCGUACAAGCCAGAGUCGAGUCCUGGUUCCAGACAGAUCCAGCUGUGGCACUUCAUUCUUGAGCUGCUGCGGAAGGAGGAGUACCACGAUGUCAUUGCCUGGCAGGGGGAUUAUGGAGAGUUUGUUAUCAAAGACCCGGACGAGGUGGCACGACUGUGGGGCGCCCGCAAGUGCAAGCCACAGAUGAAUUAUGACAAGCUCAGCCGAGCACUCAGAUACUACUACAACAAAAGGAUUUUGCACAAGACCAAAGGGAAGAGAUUCACCUACAAGUUCAACUUCAACAAGCUGGUGCUGGUUAACUAUCCGUUCAUUGACAUGGGCUCUGCAGGUUCUGGCAUUCCACAGAGUGCUCCACCUGUCCCAUCUGGCAUUAGCAAUCAUUUCCGUUUCCCUCCAUCCACGCCAUCAGACAUACUCUCUCCCAGUGAGGAACUUCGCAGUCCAGGUGUCUUCAGUGGUGUGACUCGUCGUAUGGCUCGUGGCUCUGUCUCCGACUGCAGCGAUGGCACCUCUACAAACUCUGAGCUUGAGGAAACAGGCAUAGCUGCCGGCGAUGACCGCCCAGCCGACCGGGCCUUCAGAAACCUUCUCCACCCACGCCUGUCCCAUGAUUCUCUGUUCCGCCUCUAUGGCACACCACCCAACCUAACCGGGCUGCCCAGGAGCGGGCCCCAUGCGCCCCCUCACAGGGUACACCACGAACCCCUGUCCCCCUUCCCAGUGUCCCCUCUCCCAGGCCCUGGAGGCUUGCUGGCUCCUGCUCUUUCUCCAGCUCUCUCAAUGACCCCCACAUCUCACAUACCCUACACACCUUCCCCAUCCCUUUCACCCAUGUUGGGAUCCCACUUCUCGUUCAAUCCAGAAGACAUGAAGCGCUGCCUGCAAGCUCACACUCAGAGUGUCUACAAUUAUCAUUUGAGUCCCCGUGCAUUCCUGCACUACCCCAACAUCAUCAUCCCCCAGCCCCAGCGCCCAGACAAGGGGCUAGGAGGGCCGGCAGGCAUAGGUGCACACCUCCCAGGUCACCCUUUGCACCAUCAGGCUGAGGAGCCUCAUCUAUCUACUUUCAAGUUUAAAUUACAGCCACCACCUCUAGGCCGCAAACAAAGAGAAGGGCCAACCUCAGUUGUAGGAAACUCUGGAGGUUCGGCCGCUUCCUUCUUAUACAGUGGUGAGCCUGGUUCUGCUUCUGGGCAGGGGUCAACUUCAGCCUCAGCUGGAAUGAUGAACCCAACCCCACCACCACCAGAGAUAAAGGUUGAGCCCAUCUCAGACAUGGAGUCAGAGGAAGAAGUUGAGGUCACCGACAUAAGCGAGGAGGAGCAUGAAGAUGACGAGUGUGACGUCUUUACCCCUCCCCAUUCCAAUGGUUGCUCCGCCCAUCCACCAAACCACGAUCGAAUGACCGAUGAUGACGAUCUCGAGGAAGAUGUCUUCAAGACUCCAGCUGCCCCUACUGCUGGAUUUGGCCCGACACUUCUAGGUCUUAAAGUAGAACCUAGGGAGCUUAACUUGGGCCUGGGUGCUCCCAUCAGUCCUGGAGGUACACGCUGCAUUCCCCUCAAGCUGCGCUUUAAACGUCGCUGGAGCGAAGACCAGCGAAUGGAGGCAGGAGCUGAAGAGGCCGAGGACAAGAAGAGUAGGGCUGAGAAGGAAGAGCUUACCCAGGAGGCAGAGCCUAAAUUGGGGGAGGAAAAUGGAGAUAGAAAGAGUCCAGAAAGUUUGGUUGCACCCCUUGGGACGGGCCAGAGGAGGGUGAGCUCUGAGCUGCAGCGAGCGACUGCACAGUUGUCUUUAGAAAACAAUGUUUGCUGAAGCAACGUGGUCAAACAGAUAAAUGUACAUAGACAAAGCUGUCCUUCUUAAGGCGACUGCUUCACCAUGCUCUCCAACUGCCCACAGAAUUUACACACAGACCCAUCUAACCAUGCAACUGCUCAAGUCCAUUCGACUCACUUGGAAGCCCAAACUAACAUUCAAACAACUAUACACAAAGGUUCGCCUCAAAGUGUUGCGACACUAAGAAUUAGCAAUACUUUCAUUUUCUCUUAUGAAUAUCAAGUAAUAGAGCCCCUCCCUUACCGAAUUCAUUUCUUAUUGAUUGCUGUGUAGACCUUCACCAUCCCAAGUUUAAGUCUGUAAAAACUUGGAAGCUUUUUCCCCAGCAGCAGCCCUUGGAAGGUAUCCAUUUUUGAUUCGAUUUGGGGAUCAACUUAUUGAUUUCCAAAUUCAAGAGAUUACAGAAAUGUCUGAACCAGAUGUUGAUGCACACCUGUAAAAUAUGUGUUGUGAUAUCUGAUUGUAAUUAUAAAUUGGUCUCCUCCUCAUCUUGUUUUCCCCUUUUCAUUCAUCCCCAUGGAAUUUGGGGUCACAGUCCUGUGGACAUUAUCUCAUGUUUAGCAGACACUCUUGGAUAAAGUGAGAAGUGCAGGAGGAUGUUGGGCGCACCCUUCAAACUCGAUCAUAGUUCUCAAACUUACCGAAUACGGAUGCUCUUCUCCAGGCAACAUGCUAUUUUUUUCAUCGCUCACCAAGAUUCAAGUCCCCCACCCAGACUUUCAAAAAACCACCUUGCCUUUUGUUUUCAAGUCAGGACCUUCGUGUUGUGUCACUGCCUUCAGAGUGGUUAAUGCUUGAGUGCUACCAUUGAAAUGCUGCCUUCACUGCCAUAGUGUCCAACCAAGACACCAGCUAUCCGAGUUGUUCAGCAAGUUCAGCCUUUGCUAAUGGGACCACUCAACAACCUCUUAACGUAUCUUACACGUGUAUAUAUAAUGAGGAUUUGUUUUAUAUACAAUAGUCCAUCUACAUGACCACCAGCUGUAAGACGAAUUAUGGAUUGCAUAUGAUUAUUACUUCUCCACCUCUUGAUGUUAUUUAUUUUUUUAUAAUGCAUUUUUAACCCAUGAUUGGGGAUAAGUAGAAGGAACAUUGGGGCAUCAUAUAAGUAGGUGCAGGUGCUUAAAAAGCUAUGAAUGUGUUGGUGUGAACGUAUGGUUUUAGUUUAAACGUUGUAAUUCUUACUAAAACCAUUUUUAAAAUCCCAUACACCCCUUUGGUUCGUAAAAAAGAGAAUCACCAUUGUUUAAGCGAAGAUCUCAGGCAUACCUCACCAUAUACCCUUCUUCUAUUAAAUAGGUCGUCUUUGAAUAUGAAGCCUUUUAAAGAACAACAACAACAACAAAAAAAAUGUGCCUUUUUAUGUACAAACAGAAGACUUGACUCCCCAAUGAUUUUAAAUAAGAUGUGUUGCUUUAACCACGAUACAUACAAACUCACACACAGGAGAGGCCUUAGAAACAUGACCUCAAACACUGCUAUUAUGCCUUAGUUUUUUACCUGAAAAGAAACUAUCCUAAAUAAAAUUGCAUUAGAGUCCAUAUAUUGUCUCACUUUAUUGCAAGAUAGUUGUUUAUAUUUGAUAAAAAAAUAAAUAAAAAAAAAACCUCAAAACACAGGUUUGGAUAUGAGCUAUAUUUCUGAAGGUAAAUCUAUAUGAAUAUCUAUGUAAGCAGAGUUUAGUUUCAGGGCCCUACAGUGAUUUACUGUGAAUGAAAAGUGUUGUUAUAGACAAAGCUAAACAUAACUGACCAAUCAUUGAGAACCUUGACUGGCACAGCUGUCCUUGGCCUUAUAAGGUCUACAUAUAUAGUUUGCUCACUCAGAUCACGCACACGUCCUGUCGCAUUUGUGCAUUUUUUUCCUCUGUCUCUCUGCAGUGUUUUAGUUGUAGGAGACCGUGUUUUAUCUAACAUGAUCAAGAUUGAACAGGUAUCACUUUUUGGAGCACUCGAACAUGCGCAUGUCAAUGUCGUUUGAGCACAACCAGCUUCUUUUGUAGCAAAAUGUAAGGAUAUCCUAGUAAACAGUGAUGUCGUGUUCUUGAAUAAUGUCAUGACCAUGUCCUUGAAAAAGGGACCUCAUUUUAGUAAACAGUUUAAAUCAAAGAAAGAGGAAAAUCAGACACUUAGCCCUAAUCAGAGGAGGAAAUUUAGGACCUGGCACACUCCACUUUUUUAUUUUAUUUUAUUUUUUACUUUUUUGGAGUUUUAUCUUCGUUUUACGGCCUUAAACCGGUAUUUCAACUGACAGCUGCCUUAUAUUUGUUAGAAAAUAUUUUUUUCCUCUUGUCUUUUCAAUAUAAACAGUGCUGUUUUAUUAUAAUUUUGUUUAUAUUCCCAUUUAUAUUAUUGCUGGUAUUUUUUAUUUUAUUUUUUAUUUUUUUUUAUCUGAAUUUUAGCCUCAAGAUGCCAUUUUAACAAAAGCGUACUUCUCUACCCUCUUUGAUUCCACAAUAUAAAAGUGCUCUGGCUUUGUAUUAAUGCUGGUUUUUAGUUGUAUUUUAGAAAACCAGGUGAAAGGGGAGGGGGUGACAUUAUGCUAUCACGUUAUUUUUAUUUUAUUAUGUCCUUUUUGGUUUUAUAUAUAUAUAUAUAUAUAUAUAUAUAUAUAUAUUCCAUUUUUGGGGAUGAUGUAAGAAAAAGACAGUUAUUUCUUUAAUGUGUUCAAGGUCUCAUUUAUGCUUCUCUCUUCUUUUCAUCUCAGCGUUUAACACUUGUAAAGAGAGAUGAAAUUUGACAUCACAAGCAACCCUAUAUACUUUUGUUUCUCUUGUGGUUUCUUUUUCUCUUGUAAUUAAAACUGUAAUCAGGGUUCAUUAAAACAGGUAAAAGCGGA